GAGGAGACUCUCUAGCUAGCCCCGCUCUCCUCUCUAUGGUGUGCGGAGCUGUUCCCGGAAGCGUCCCUUCGCUCUCCCGGCUGGCGGCGAUGGCGGAGGCGGAGGGCCCGGAGGCGCGGGACGGGGAGCCGGAGCUGGAGGACGGGGAGCCCCUGGAGCCGGGCGGCUACCUGCUGUACAGGCACAGAAAAGAAUGGGCUGACAUCGAACCAGUACCUCAAAAUGAUGGGCCAAAUCCUGUGGUUCAGAUCAUCUAUAGUGAAAAAUUCAGAGAUGUCUAUGAUUACUUUCGGGCUGUUCUGCAGCGGGAUGAAAGGAGUGAAAGAGCUUUUCAGCUAACGGGGGAUGCCAUUGAACUGAAUGCUGCAAAUUACACUGUGUGGCAUUUCCGGAGAGUCCUCCUGCAUUCAUUGAAAAAGGACCUUAAUGAGGAAAUUAACUAUAUUACAGCUAUCAUUGAAGAUCAGCCAAAGAAUUACCAAGUCUGGCACCACAGACGGGUGUUGGUCGAGUGGCUGAAGGAUCCAUCUCAAGAGCUUGAGUUUAUAGCUGAAAUUCUUAACCAGGAUGCCAAGAAUUACCACGCUUGGCAGCACAGACAGUGGGUUAUUCAGGAGUUCAAGUUGUGGGAUAAUGAACUGGAGUAUGUAGACCAGCUUCUGAAAGAGGAUGUGAGAAACAACUCUGUCUGGAACCAAAGAUACUUUGUAAUUUCCAACACCACUGGCUACAACGAUCCUGCUGUUCUAGAGAGAGAAGUCCAGUACACUCUAGAAAUGAUCAAGACAGUGCCACAUAAUGAGAGUGCAUGGAACUAUCUAAAAGGGAUUCUGCAGGAUCAUGGUCUUUCCAAAUAUCAAAAUCUAUUAGAGCAACUGCUGGAUUUACAGCCAAGCCACAGUUCUCCCUAUCUGAUUGCCUUCCUUGUGGAUAUAUAUGAAGACAUGCUAGAAAACCAAUGUGACAACAAGGAAGAAACACUAAACAAAGCAUUAGAGUUAUGUGACAUUCUGGCUAACGAAAAAGACACAAUCCGAAAGGAAUAUUGGAAGUAUAUUGGAAGGUCCCUUCAGAACAAGCAUAGCACAGGCACUGAACCAGACUUGCCGACAGAUCAGCAGCAAUAACUACAAGUGGCAGAAGAUGGAGUUCCUUUAUAAGUAUCUUAGAGCUUGACACCAAGUAGGGGGGGACAAGCCAGUAUAAACUUAGAUGUACUGUUCCCCUCUGCCUGAGUGUGAUGUAACUAUGUGCACUGCACAGGUGUUGCUUUUAACAGGAACUGAGUGCGAAGUGUUCAGUAUAACACAAUUCCCUUUGGUUACCGCUGCUACUGACAAUAGCUAUAGGUAGAUCAAGUAAUUAAGUCUUAAAUUCAUUUUAGAAGUAUGCCAAAUAAAGGACUUAUUUCUUAAUAGGAAAUACAUAAUGCUCGGUUUGCUAUUUUUAAGGCACUGAAUAAAUUUCUCACACUCUAGCCUAAUCCACUCCACGCCCUCCCCCCUUCCUAAUGCAGAACUUAUAAGAUUCAUUGCAGAUAACUUGUAUGUAAUGGUUAUAAAGCAACUUAAUUUUAGUUGCUUUAAGCGGGGAAUGCAACUGUUGCCAUAGGCCAGAACAGCUCUGCAGCAGCAACACAAUUGUGCUAUUGUUGUACCCAACUAAUGCCAACAACCUGGUUUUGUAAUAAAAGUGUAGAGAUAUUUCAAGUACUCGUAUGUGUUCUAGAACGUUUCUCUCUUCUAUACACAAUGUCUUGUAGCACCAAGACAUUGCUUCCUGUCAUUAACCAUCUCUUACCAUAAAUUAAAAGACAGGCCUAGGAGGUGUACACACUCCAGCAUACGCAUGCUUUUUAGGUGUCAGUCUCUGGGUUAGGCGUUUUCAACUCCCAUGUUGCUUUAAUGUAUCUUGUGCCUUGGAAUAUUCUGAUCAGGACAGAACCGGGGAGCUUUCAUCAUACUUGACGUAAAAAGCAGCCUUGAGUUAUUUGUAUGGGAUGGCGACAGUGAUGAGUACCUUGAACUUCUCAGAGAGCCAACCAAACCCUCUCAGUAGAACAUUCAGACCCAUCUUUAUUUCAAAAUCAAAAUGUCUGGGGGUUUUUUCCCCUCCAGCUUCACCCAACCUCAGCUUUGUGGCAAACGGAGGAGCAAUUUUGCAUCCCAUAGAUCAAAACAAAUGUAAUCAACAGUAUAGCUCUUACCUUAACUAAAUCUGGAUAGGCUGAAGAAAUGUUCUUGUUGGUGGCCUUCCUGCAGAAAAAUACCCAGACCUGUUCCUCCUUUACCCUUCCUUCACACUUACAUUUCACCCCUUUAAAACAACCACUCCCCUAUAGUGCAGCUAGAGUGCAGAACAGCUAAAGAUUUGUGUAUUUGUUUAGAGGGAUCUAAAAUCUGUCUUACUUUUCACUAAUUGUUCUGUUUGCAAUAGUAAAACAAUGAGUUAACACCAGAUGUAUAUCCGAUGGAGGCCUUGUGUGGCAUGAAAUCAGUGAAACACAUACUGUACCUCACAGAUAGGCACAGGUAUCCAAAUAACGAUUGCUAUUUCUCCUGUAACUUAAACAUGUUACAUGCUAAAAAUUGUUUACUUUAUAUUAUAGGUGUGUUGAAGUUGCUGCCAGAGAUAGACUGCAUUGAAAUUUACAUUUGUGAGACAAAAUUUGUUCUACGAUUUUAUUAAAUUUAUAGUCUCCAAAUUUGAGAGUUCUUUAGGGUGCAAUAAACUUACUUUUAAAUUUUA